AUGCCAUCAAAAAAAUCUGACAAAGAUGAUUCGGCGAAGUCUUCCAAGAAAAAAACAGUUCCAUCCCGUUUAGCUAAAGAAGAUAUCACUGCCAUAGUAUUUGCCGAGCAACUCAAAGCCAGGAUAAAAAAAGUCAAUGCCCAUUACCAUAUAGGUUCUACAACUAUCAAAAAAAUAUGGGUGUCAUCCAAUCCUUACGAACAUGCCAACUCGAUAGGGGAACCCAACUUGCCUGAAUGGUAUAAUAAGAAUGCUAAAUUCAAGGAGUCUGAAACAUCUCCCAACGCCUCUCAAGAAACAGUCUUACCUGAGGAAACGAAGCUUCUCGUUAAAGAACCCAAUAUAGUUAAGCAAGAUAUCAGUGAAAAACGAAAAAAGAAAGAGGCUGAAAUGGAGCGGAUUGCAAAACGGAUAAUUAGAUCAGAAUUAGGUAGGAUAAUCCAAGCUGAAGACUGA